CUCUGUGUUUAGUCUGGGAAGCCCUUUUGGACAAUCUCAGCUCUCUCGCAGUCACUACCACCCAUCGUCUCCUCAUCGGACACUCCCGCAGCAGGGCAGAAAGGUGAUGAAGCCAGGCCAGUGCCAGCUGCCUGCACCAUCGUUUGUAUCGGUACUUCCUCUGGCGUCACUCGCUGCCCCCAGACCAACUGACCAGCCUGCUGCUCAGGGCGAGGUGCCCGACACUGGGCCGGCCAGCCCCUUGGGGGAGUCCUGGCCAUCCACCGAGAGCAGCUCCCUCAUGACACCCGAGGGAGAGGCUGGAGAAUCGUUGGCAUCACGGGAGAUGUUCCGUACUGACUCGGGUUGGUCAGGAAGUCCACACGUUGACCCUGCGGAGAGUUCAAUCAUCGCAAAGUACAUCCAGCGAUUCCGACAUGGCAAACCACUGAGCAGACAGGAACGGGAACAUGCUGCCACUGGAAUGGGCACAGAGGGCAGUGAGUUCUGGUGGCUGAAGAGUUCACCCCCGAAUAGCUCAACACCAACAGAGGAGACACACCCACAGCACCCAGGUAACAGAGCAACUUUUACCAACAGUUACUUCAGCAAGGCGCAAAUUAGACAACCAUCAAUCAAUUCAAUUCUG